GAAAUGCUAUCUAUUUUAGAAAUUAUUUUAAUUAUUUAUUUAUUUGGAGGUUUUGCUAAUGAUAAAUGCUUUGUCAAAGCCCGUAACAAUUUUGGUUUACGUGAACGUCUUCAACGUAAUCCAAAAAUGCCUCCUUCAGUAAAUGGACAACCAUUACAAAGUUUUGAUGUUGAUUUAUAUUUAUAUUUGAGUUGGAAAGAUUAUUCUUUAAAUCAUUCUUCUAAUGAUUAUUUACUUUUAAAUGAUCCAAAUAUACGAAAAUAUAUUUGGUUACCAGAUUUGUAUUUUGCAAAUGCUAGAAUAUCCCGUUUUCAUGAUGUUAUAGCCCCCAAUUUUAAUUUAUUUGUUGACCAAACGGGUGAAGUUGCUUAUUCUACUAGGAUUACUUUGGGGGUUGCAUGCAAUUUAGAUUUGUCAUUAUAUCCAAUGGAUAGUCAAAGAUGUUCUAUUCAAUUUUUAAGCUAUGCUUAUAUCGAAAAACAAUUAAAAGUUCGUUGGUUUAUUGGAAAUUCUACUCGAUAUAAUCCAAACAUUCAAUUACCCGAAUUUAGAAUUUCCAAUUUAAGUAAUGAAUAUUGUAAUGGAAUAUAUAAUUAUGCUAUUAUGGAAUACUCUUUUAAAAGAGAUGAAUUUAGUUGUUUGGAAGCAAUAAUUCAUUUAAAUAGACAAAUUGGUUAUCAUGUUGUACAGUCAUAUAUACCUACUGGUCUUAUUGUUAUUAUUUCUUGGGGGAAUGGCCUCCGUUUUGGCCUUCCUCAAGUAGCAUAUGCUAAAGCCAUCGAUUUUUGGUUUGGAGCCUGUUUAUUUUUUGUCUUUUUGAGCCUUUUGGAAUUUGCUGCUGUAAAUUCAUAUAUGCGACAUGCAGAAAAGUUUGAACGUUAUGCAACUUAUUAUGCAAAGAAAAGUUUUUAUUUUUCUUUUAAAAUGCACUCCCCAAAUUUAAAAAAAAGUAUUUUUACACACUAA